AGCUUCAGUUAUCGUUCGGUAUCCUGUAAAUCUUAAUUUGUGGUCGAAACGAACAAAAGGCGUGAAAAAUGAAACCGUUCUCAUUGUGAACUCUCGAAUCUUCCGCGAGACUAAUGAAAAUUCGUCACUUCGUGUUUGUCAAUCGUCCAUCGCUAAUCCCUGUCAUUUUUCAUUGAGAUUCUUUACUAAGUAGUCUGUGUUAAAAUCCCGUUCUAAUUUUAUUUACACACUUAUAGACAUAUUGUAGUUUGAGAGUAAAAGUCGCGUUAAAAUGGACGAUUGGUUUCAUUGCAACUCGUGUUUCCUUCAGCCCGACGAAAACAACCAAAACAGACAACAGUUUUACUUGACCAGUUGCGGUCACAUAUUUUGCGAACAUUGCGGCUGUUUUACGGAAAGUAAGUUAUUGAAUUUGGUUUUAUUACUAUGAUGGUUUUUACCGUUCUUGAACAACCUAAAAUCUUGCUCUGAUCAUCAGUGAGUGGAGGUUUCUAGGAAGUCAUUUUUUUUUUUCAAAUUUUUUGUUAUUUUGUGAGUAAAACCACGGAAAACCGGAAUAUUUACGCAAUAUCGGUUUCUGUAACGUUUAAGUAUUUUCUAUUUUAUUUUAGAUUCGGAGAGAAACAAGGAAUAUAUUGGUUUUACAAUGUUUUUUGUUCUUCUAAUUUUUUUUCUAUAAACAACUUUUGUACCAGAAAUCUUGCUCCGAUCUUCAAGUGUAGUAACUUUUCUGAAACAAAAUUGUAUCUGGGGGAUAUUUUGUGUAAAUCCUUUGUGGAAAAAAUUGUGAGACUAAACGGAUAUGCGUGAAAAUCUGACAGUUUUAUUUAUAAGUGUUUGUGGCCCAAAAAGAAAAAAUUGAGUUUAUGUAUUUUGUUUUUUUUUUUAUAAGAAUUUUAGUAUCAAAUUUUAACAAAAUCGUAAAUAUUACGGCUUUUCAGUACACCUGUAACCAAAAUCCGCUCCAAAUCGUUUGUCGUUACUCGUUAGCAAUGAUUUAUCGUCAACAGAUAUGAAUUAAAUAACUUUAGGUAUCCUGCCUACCUUGCCUACUUCCCAACUACAACAGUGACGUCACCCGUCACAAGUAUCGGUUCAUUUAUUUUUCUUGUACACUCAUACUGACUUAAAUUUAUGAAAAAAAUGUCGUUAUCGAAAAUCAAACCACCAGUCGAUCUGAUCGAUGUAUUUCCAACGAUUUGAAAAAUCAAAUCGUUUUAAAUCGUGUCUACGUGUUCCAGCCGAUUUUUGACAACUUUGCGCUACUACGUCGUCUCGGUUGGUGUAAAAUACGGGCGUAGCAGGAACGCUACUACACUCGGGACACGUAUUACGGAAUAUUAUUGUAAUCCAAACGAACGAAAUAAUUUCCAUCGGCCAUAUGCCCCAUUGUUGUUGCGUAAUUAUUUACGUGUACCGAUAAACCGUGCGCGCCGGCGGUAGAUAACGCGUUUCCGUUACGUAUGCCCGCGCGGCGGGAGCGGAGCGUGCGGUUUUAGAACGCUGGCCGCUGUGGUCAUGACGAGCGCCGGCGCACGGCGGCCGCGAAUGUCAAACUCGUUAAAUUUUACCAAAAAAACGUGCGUUGUCGGUGUUUCGCCAACGAUAUCGGUAAUUAUUUAUCGACCCGUGUACGAGCCGCGCUCAUAGCGAAGAGAAGAUGCUCAAAUGAGAAACCGUACACCAACCAUGCGCCCCAACCAUCGCCCGCUGUUCGCUCGUACGACUCGUAUAUGCGACGGCGAAUCGUUGCGUUAUUAUGACCUUUGUCGACGACUUUGUUAUUACAGUUUAAAAAUAGCUGUUGACAAUAAUCCAUUGUAUCCCCGAACAAAAACAAUCAUAUUUACUCGAUAACGUCGAUUAUAAAUAUUGAGAAUUUCUCGUGGUUAUAAUGGUAAUGGCUUAUAAACACUAUAGACAUAGAAUUAUAAUUGUGACCACUACUGUAAUACCAUCGAAAUAGCAAACUGACGGGUACUGCUCGGUGCGUAAUUCAAAUUCCUAAACGGUGAAUAAUGGGGCUCGGGAUUUAUCGCACUUGGAAUCCGCAAAAAAGCACUUUAAAAAGCGAAAAUGGUUGAAGGGUUUAAAUGUCCGUCCUAUAAUCGCUCCACUUAUUAUAUACAGUUUUCUAAUGUUGGGUUGUCAUGGGCAAAUUCUUAUUCGUACUGACACGGUCAAAACCAAAAAUUAAUAUAGGUAAAAAAAAAAAUAAGUAAAUACAAAUUGGCACGGGCGGGACAGUUUGUAUGUAAUAUUAUGUAUCAGAUAUAUUAUUAACUAUAGGUAGUUAAUUAAUUUGUCUAUGUUAUAUACAAAUGUUUUGUAUCAUUGGUACUUUAAUAACAAAUUGAAUGUCACCUAUGACUUUUAACGAUUAAUUUUCUAAAUUUUAUUUAUACCUUUUUUUCUAAUCUUUAUUCUUUUGACUCUUGAGUGAAUUCAACUAACAUUCUUACAAUUUAUCAAAUAUAUAAAUUGCUAGUAAAUAGGUAGGUACAUAUUUAAAAUAUUUAUAAAUUACAAUGUACAAUAAAAUAUUACGUAUAUCUAUUAAAAUUUGAUUUAUUUAUGACAAUUUUAUAGAGAGCCGCUUGUAAUAUUACCCCUCCCUCCGGACCAUCACAGAGAGAUAGUCAAACCCUGUAUGGAAUUUGGUUAUUUUUGAGUAAUUAUACAGUUUAACUAGAGUCUAUAGUUGAAUCGUGAUUUUCCAAUGAAAAUCAAAAAAUCCAUAUUAAUCGUUUAAAAUAUAGUUUAUAUUUCUAUGACUUUUUAAAACUAUUAUAAAAAGUUUUUUUAGGAUUUUUCAUUAUUAAAAACGACUGCCCCUAUUUCAAAUAGAAAAUAACCAUAAUAUAAGAUUUAAUAUUAAUACAGACUUAGACAUAACUAUUAAAUACCCAAAAUAACAUUUACGUUAAUUCAGUUUUAGAAGAAUUAUACACCUACACAAUGAAAUAAAGAAAAAUAUUAAUAAUAUUUUAUAUCAACACAUUUUAGACAAUAAAUAAUAACCAAACAAUUUGUAUUUCUUAAAAUAUCUAUGUCUAAUAAUAACUUAUUUUAAAUAAAUUAUUUCUAUGUAAAACGACCAAUUUGUCCGAACCGGUCGUACAAUACACAUUUAAUAAUACUUCAGGUACGUCGCCAAACUUAACCUAACCUGGUCACAAGAUGCGUCAUUCAUUUAUUUAUUUAUUUAUUUAUGUAUUUAUUUACGAGUAUUAACCAUUUAAUAAUUUUGUUUUUACUUUAUUAUUUUAUUAGGUACUAAAUGUUUGGUAUGGUAAAUUAUCAUUAUUUAUUAUUGAAAUAAACACAUUUUUUUUUAUAGAACCAAAUAAAUAUCAUAAAUUAUUUAUCUAAUAGGUCACAAUAAAACUUCCUACAUUAUAAUAAUUUAUUAUAAGUAGGUAAUAAUUAUUAACAGUUGUUAAAUCAAACUAAAUUUUCAUAAUGUUAUUACAGUAUUAUUUAAUAUAAGAGUAUAAUACUAUAAGAUAAAGAUUUAAUAUUAUAGCCAAAUUAAUAAAUUAUACUGUAAUAUAAAUAAUUUAUUUUCAGGUACUUCAGAUCGUUGCAAACUAUGUAAAACUAAAUGUUUAUCAACUAAAAUAGGAGAUGAAGUAAAUAUGUAUUACACGUAUUUUAAUGCAAAAUUAUAUAUUUUUAUUGUUACCUAAUUGACUGAAUUAUUUGACAUUUAAUUUUUUAAUACUACUUGAUCAUAAUAUUUUAGGAAUUUAAAAAGAACAAGGACAUUCAGGAAUAUUUCCAAAAACCAAUAGAGACUGGUGAAAGAUUGCUCAACGUGUUGAAAUUCCAAAAAUCGCAUACUAGUAAACUAAUUAAACAUCACCAGCUCAUAGUAAUUAUAUUUUUUUAAAUUUAAUGUUAUUUUAUAAAUACUUGUAAAAAACGAUGAGUUAAAUCUUUAUUUAUACUUGCUUAUAAUUUUUAGAUAACAAAAUACAAUAGGGCAAAAUUAUAUAUAAAGAAACUCGAAAGUGAAUUAAAAAAUGCUAAAAGGUAUCUAAGUUAAUAUUAUUAUAUUUAUAUAUUUUGUAUAAUAUUUUGUAUCAAUUGUUUUAAGAGCACUGAAGAAUACACCACAAAAUCAUAAUUUUACGGAAUCUUGUUCAAGUUCUGUGUUAGAAUUUGAUGCGACUCCUUUUAAGAUGAUACACGCUGGAGUAGAAGAACAGAAUACACGACAGGUUGCGAAAUGCAAUUUUUGUGGCCGCAGUUGACUCCCGGAUAAACUGACCCAGCAACAUUAUUAAUCUUCUCGGACAAAUUAUUCACAGACUUUCCGGCGGGGCGCGUUGAAUUUUUCUUUUUUGUCCGUUUUUUUUGAACCUUAAUCUUAUCGGCGAUCGGAGUCUUAUCACUAUUCAUUAUAUUAUU